AUGCUUACCUCAUGGAAUAAGAGAGAGACUUUUGAUAGAUUCAGCAAUAUUCCUGAUGACGUUGUUCAUGAAAUUCUCUGCUUCCUUCCCAUCAAAGACAUCGCUCGUAGCAGUCUCGUCUCCAAAAGAUUCAGACAGCUCUGUCUCUCUGUCCCAGAUUUGUUUCUUGAUUUGAUACCCCACAAUCGAUCGAAAGUGAGUAAUUGGAUAGAUAGGUUUCUCACUCUGCGUAAUGGGGCGAAAUUGCGACGUUUUGUUCUUAAGGAUGCUUGUCUCAACCAUGAGGGUAUUAUUCGUGUAUGCAAAUGGAUUUGUAAAGCAGAAGAGCUCGAUCUAUCAUUUGGAAUGUAUGCAGAACAAUGCUUUCUUCUACCACCAUUCACCUUUGUAAGAGCGAUCAAAUUGAAUAUUCUUUCAAACGGUGGCAUUCUCGAACUGCCCUCCUCUACCAGCAACAGUUUCAGUUUGCUCCAGGAUUUGGACAUAAGAGGCAUAAGACUCGAUCCUCACAACUUAUCUGAGGAUUGGGUUUCAUCUCUCUUCCCUGCAAUUAAAAAGUUAAAUCUGGAAGAGGUAAGAGAUAUAAAAUAUCUCAAUAUCACAAGCUCCUCUCUUGAAUGUUUAAGCAUAAAGACCUGUCACCUUCACAGAGUUGUUGUGUCCGCCGAGAGACUCCACACCCUAUGUGUGGUGUCAUGUCACGCCGGUGGUGAUUGGUUAUUUAAAAUUUACGCACCCAACCUUCAAAAUAUCAGAUGGACUGCAGAUGGUUACUCCUUCAAUGGAAGCUUUAUGUGCCUAAAAGGUGUGAACAUUGAUGCUCCAAGGCUUGAGCUUCUUCAAUUUAUAAACCAUGCCAAAUCAGUUACAUUACGAGCCAAUAUUCUUAAGGAGCUGUUUAUACAAGACUCACUACCAUAUACUAUGUUGGAUAAUGUGCAAAACUUGAAUCUGCAAGUUUCUUGUAAGAUGGAUCAUAAAAUGCCUGCAUUGGCCUCCUUUUUUGGAAGAUUGCCUAAUUUGAAUACCCUGACCAUGAGAUGCAUUGAUCGAGAGACUUUUGGUUGUGAUGGGUCGAACAACUUUGAUUUUGAUAUAGAGUAUUGGGAGUCUCAAGAUGUUGCAUUUAUUCAUCAAUUAAAGGAAGUGAAGAUUGAGAUUCGUAAAUGGGAAUGUGAAGUAGGACUCAUAAAAUAUUUGAUCAAGCAUGCAAAGGUGCUAGACACGAUGACAAUCACAUUCUCAAGCAAAAUUCAUCCUAGUAGAUCAAGGUCCAUUCGCGAAAAGUUAUCAAAAUUCUAUGAGAGUUUUCCGAUUGCAACAUUAGAUUUUGUGUUGAAAUGA